GUACUUUUAAUGGGAAAAAGUGGGUCUGGCAAGACUUCUAUGCGUAGUAUUAUCUUCCACAACUAUGUCGCAAGAGAUACACGACGGUUGGGUGCAACAAUCGAUGUCGAGAACUCUCGUGUACGUUUUCUUGGUAACUUGGUUCUAAACCUUUGGGACUGUGGAGGCCAAGAGACAUUUAUGGAAAAUUAUUUUGCGGCUCAGCGAGAUCAUAUUUUUCGUAAUGUAGAAGUCCUUAUUUAUGUAUUUGAUGUAGAAUCGCGUGAAAUAGAAAGAGAUAUGCAUUAUUACCAGGAUUGUCUUGAAGCAAUACUGGCAAAUUCAAAGGAUGCAAAGAUCUUUUGUUUAAUACAUAAAAUGGAUCUAGUACAAGAAGAGCUGAGGAAUAAAAUAUUUACUGAGCGAUUAAAUGAAUUGAAAACACGCUCUGAGCCUCUAAAAAUUACAGCAUUUGCUACAUCCAUAUGGGAUGAGACUCUUUAUAAAGCGUGGUCUUCAAUAGUACAUUCCUUAAUUCCAAAUGUGAGACAGCUCGAGUCUCAUCUUCAAAACUUUGCUACUAUAUGUGAAGCGGAUGAAGUUGUAUUAUUUGAGCGAACCACAUUUCUAGUGAUUUCUCAUUCAACUAGAAUCGAACAUUCAGAUGUUCAUAGGUUUGAGAAAAUCAGUAAUUAUAUGAAACAGUUUAAGUUGAGUUGUGGUAAAUUCCAAGCUCAAUUUAAAAGCAUGGAGAUUCGACAGGCAAAUUUUGCCGCAUUCUUUGACGUUUUGACUGCCAACACAUAUGUCAUGGUUAUCAUGUCUGAUUCAUCUGUUGAAUCUGCUGCAACCCAAAUGAACAUUAGUGUGGCAAGAAAACAUUUUGAAAAAUUAGAAGUGACUCAUAUGCCUAGAUAA